UCAUACACACGUCCGAUUUUUCCACGCAAAAUGUCCGAAAUCGACGAUGUUGACAUCGAGUUGUUGAUCGGUGAAGUCAAAAGUCGUAAAGAAAUUUGGAACAUCGCUGAUGAAAAUUAUCACGAUAGGACCAAAAAAAGAAGUGCUUGGAUAAGCAUCUGUCAGAAUUUUUUUCUAUCGUUUGAUGAAAAGGAUGACAAAGAAAGAAAUUAUAUAUGUAUGUAUUCGCAAAUGAUUCGCAAUAUUAUUAAAAUUCGUCAAAAUCUCGAAAAUGCACAGAUUAUUUUUGAAACACCUCCCUCAUACACACAAAGCAGUUCAUCAAAAAAACGCAAACACGACUUAGAGUCAUCUUUAAUAGAUUAUUUAAACACUCCUAUUCCUAGUCAAAUUAUAACAACACCAGCUCCAGAACCAAAUCCAGACAGGUCUUUUUUCGAUAGCAUAUUGCCAUCCAUUGCAAAUUUAACAGAAGACCAGAAAAUAGAAUUCCGCUGUGAGGUACUAAAUAUUAUAAAACGGAUGAGGGCUGCAACUUUACCGCAACAAAACUAUGGUUAUCCACGAAUUAAUCAGGAUUAUUUAUAUGCUAAUCAAACAUCACAGUUAUCAAACUACUCUCCUCAAAUUGCAUCAUACCACCAUCAAACUCCCAAUUACAUGCAACAACGGCCCCAAAAAUUUACUCGGCCUGGUCCAUAUUCUGCUCCACUUCCUCAAUCAAAUAACAUGCGACAAAGCCCGCCAAGAUAUACUCAACCUGGUCCAUAUUCUGCUCCACUUCCUCAAUCAAAUAACUAUGGGAUGGAUUCCAAUCCUACAUCUCCAUGUAUAUCAAUUGGAAACAGUUACUGUGUUAGUGAAGAAGAUAGUCUUGACAUUAAUUAA